UCUUACACUAGCUAGUCUUUUAAUUAUCGUAGCUACUGGUAACAUGUCUAAAGUUCUAGAAGUAACCCCUCCGAUAAGAUGUUCACCUGAUAAGUUUUAUGAUUUCUUCAAAAACCACAUGAGUGAUCUCCUCACUGUAUUUCCUGCGAGUUUCAAUAGUGUUCAGGUUCUUGAAGGAGAGAACGGUAAAGUUGGUUGUGUCAAGGUUUGGAAUUUUGUUGCUGGAGGGAUUACACAGAUGAUUAAACUGAGGGCUGAAGCAAUAAAUGAUGCAGAAAGAACCAUUACUUACAAAGCCAUUGAAGGAGAUCUCAUGGUCCUCUACAAAGUUUUCCAGUUCACAAUUGCUCCUGGUAAUGGGGUUGCCAAAUGGACUAUUGUGUAUGAGAAAACUUCUGAAUUAGUUCCGCCUCCAGAAAUCUAUGGUGUCUUUUCAAUUAGUAUAACUGAAGUGGUGGACCUUUAUCUUCUCACCCAUUAAGCAUGGAACUGGUGUUUAUCUAUAAUAUAAAUGCGUGGUGUGUAUGUUAUGAAUAAGACCAUCUCCCAUUUGGUUACUGUUGACAAUCUUGUAAUGUGUAAACUUUUUUAUUGUGUU